CUCUCUCUCUGUCUCAAACCAUUCCCUCCUUAAUGUGCAGAAAGUGGAAGCGCUUGCUUGCCGGGAAGUACUGAAGCAACAAGAAAAGCGAAGCAAAGGCUCCGCGCUGCAGAAAGCAGGGGAGGGAAAGGGCAAGUGAAACGAGCUGGUAGUUGGUCGGCAUUGCUUGCUGCUUCGGCACAGCACACAAGCUUCUUGUUUCCCGGGCCGCGCCGUUCGUUCUUGUCGCUCGUGCGCUUCCCCACUCCCCCGCACACUUCUCAAGACACGCACCACCCUCCCUUCCUUCAUCGAUUUCUUAAUCGACCCUUCUUUCGAAUUUUGGAAGAAAACGGAGAAACCGCAAAAAGAAAGAAACUUCCCUGUCUGUCUGAUUUAUUUAUACCUCCCCCGGCUUUGUUUAUCGAUUCUUGAUCUCCCCCCCCGGCAGCCAUUCACACACGUCCACACACCUUUCCUUGUUCCGCCAUCUCCUCUUCGGAACCCAAGUGCCCGACCCCUGGAAUUUCUCUGUUGGGUUCAAUGCAUUGUGGCAGUUGAAAUCGAAAGAGAGUGCUGUUCUGGUUCUGCUUGCGAUUUGGCUUCUACGAGCCAUGAUCUCAGGAGGGUCGGUGGAUUUCGUGUUGAAUUGUCCACGUUUUUGCUUUGCGCUGAAACCGAGGUUUUGGUGGAGCUUGGGAAUACCAGCUGCUGCAUCCUGUGGUUUUCGGCGGUAUUGAGCGAAAUUUGGUGCUUGAAUUCAUGGUGUCGCGGGGUAUAAGUAGUGAUUUGAGCUGCUCGAAAAUAUUGAUAGCAUUGAGGAAGAGGGGGUGGUGAUCCGAGUUGGUUCUUUGAUAUGAAUAUUAGGCCAAUUGCAAGACAUGCUGGGUCAUAAUGACGGGGAGAGUGAUCAGUUCUUUGAUUCUGCUGAGCAAUUUUCGUUUCCUGAAGAGUCGGAUGUGGCUAAAGAUGAAGUAGAAUUGAGUCCAAGUGAGUUUCGGUACGACAUUUGGUUGAACGAACCACAAAGUGUCAAAGAAAGGCGCGAUACCUUCUUGCGCGGGAUGGGUUUUGCUGAAUUCAGUUUUCCGGUCGUGUCUUCUGAUGAAAGUGAGAUAGAUGUGGAUAGGUUAAGCGUGUGCAGUGGAGCUGUUUCGAGCUCACUUUUGUCCGGAACUGAUUCUACAGAGCAAGAUUUUGCGUGCUCUAGAAAUGGACAGGAAGAUGAUGGAGAUUAUAUGGUUGAUGAAUUUGAUGAACAGGAGCACAAAUCGGCCGAUGUGGGUGCAGAUGGGUUUUCACAUUCACCUGUGAAAUGCAAACAGACAUCUCUUGAAAGUAAAGCGAGAAUGAAUUGGUGGUGGAAAUUUUUUGGGAACAAGAGGAACAACAAACAUAACAUGUCAAUUUCUGAAUCAUUCAAACCAGAUCCUGAAGUACCCAGAUUGAGAAAGCUGAACACCCGACACUACAAAAAGAGGUGGAUGGAAUUAUCCGCACUCUACGUCGGACAAGAAAUUCAAGCUCACGACGGCAUAAUCUGGACGAUGAAGUUCAGUCCAGAUGGCGAAUUCUUGGCAACUGGUGGUUCAGAUGGCAUGGUCCGGAUAUGGCGGGUUGCAUCAGGAGAUGCCUCUCAUAGUUAUGUGGAUACUUGCGAAGGUGAUAAUUGCAGCUUGGUAAAAAAGGACAUGUCGGGCUCUAAAGGAAUCAAGUCGAACCACGCCUCAGUUUUAAUGCCAGAUCAAAUCUUCUGGAUCAGUGAAUCACCGUUGCAUGAGUUUCGCGGCCAUACGAGCGAUGUUCUGCAGGUGGCUUGGUCUUCUUCUAAUAAACUGCUUUCAUCUUCUAAAGACAAUACCGUUCGUCUGUGGAAAGUGGGUUGCGAUCGAUGCCUGGAUGUCUUCCGUCAUAGUAAUUAUGUGACGUGCAUUCAAUUUAACCCUCUCGAUGAGAACUACUUCAUAAGUGGUUCUAUAGAUGGUAAAGCUCGGAUUUGGGGAAUAUCCGAAAGGCGAGUUGUGGAUUGGGCAGACGCGCGAGAUGUAAUAACCGCCAUUUGCUACCAGCCUGAUGGAAAAGGAAUUGUUGUUGGUAGUAUCACAGGCACUUGCCGUUUCUUUGAGAUGUCAGGCAAUCAUCUCCAGCAAGAUGUAGUUAUCCAUGGUCAAGGUAAAAAAAGGACCUUUGGCAACAAGAUCACUAGCAUUCAGUUUUCUCGGGAAAAUUCUCGAAGAGUGAUGAUCUCGUCAGAAGAUUGCAGACUCCGUAUUUUAGAAGGAACAGAUAUCAUCUCCAAAUACCGAGGGCAUCCAAGGUCGGUAAAGCAGAUGUCUGCUUCUUUUACUUCGAGCGGCAAUCACAUGGUAUCUACUGGAGAGGAUCGCGUUUACUUGUGGAACUAUGAUGACUUUGGUGUGCCUCCUUCCAAGAGCACGAAGUCCAUGCGCUCUUGUGAAUACUUUUCAUCCGAAGGUGUGUCGAUUGCAGUACCAUGGUCAGGCACACAUAGAGGACUGAAGGACCUAGGAAAUCACAAAUGCAGAUGCUCCUUUUGCGUACCGAAUCAUAGAGAACCCGAACAAUUUUCGCUCGGUAAUUGCUUCUCACUCGACAGGUCAUGCAUGGGCUCUGCCACAUGGCCCGAAGAGAGGCUUCCUCUAUGUGAAGUUCCACUCACGGAAGAAUAUUGCGAAUCCGGGAAGCAUCAAGGAGACCUCUCCCUUUCAGAAGCAUGGGGCCUCGUGAUUGUGACGGGAAGCUACGACGGUAAACUCAGAGCUUUCCAUAAUUAUGGACUGCCGGUCAGGCUCUAGAAACUCUUUUGGAUCAGCUCAGGAUGAAGCUUAAGUUUGUAUCUGAAAGUACAGGACAAGAAGACACUGAAGUUAACAGAGCUCAGCAAUUCCAUGUUCUCCUUGUCCAUUCAAAGAUGGUUCCAGGCAAAAUGAUCAAGUAGUAUCCUGUUGUCCAUCAGAAUGAGUUUUGUAAGCUCGUUGAAAGAGGUUUUGUAAUUUUCCGUGUAAUUAGCAUUCUUUCUUGAGUAGAGUGAAUUUGCCCGAGUAUUCAGCAA